CUCAAUUCGAAUGCAUUUGUGUGAACCAAACAAUGGCGACUAUUGGCUUUUUUUAACGCAUUCACAUAGAAAGUUGUUAAAAAUUACAAUGCGUUGCUGAAAUGGUUUGACAAAAACAUCUGUACCUGUUGCCAUCCGAUGUGUCACACAGAAGAGCACAUUGAAUGGGGAUUUCCUUUAGCAAAACAGCCCAUUCCAUUCGCACCACCAAAUCAACAAGUGGUGCGGCAUUGUUUUGGGCCCGCUGCAACAUUAUGCAAAUCAAUCCAAACACUGGCAACACAAGAUUGACGACGCCACCGACCGGUAGGGAGGUUUGGCGACAUGGGGAAAAGUCCACCAAAACGGCCCCGACCAAAAGCGAGCAACCGCGAGUUGUUGCCGCGUCAGUCAUACGGCGGGCGGUCAGUCCGGCACGAAACGGCGAGAAUGAAAAGCAAACAAACACGUUGUUGCUGGUAUGCGCGAGAGCGCGCACGAGUGACACGAGGACAAGGGAAAUCCGUCAGGGCGAAGGGGAGCUGACUGCCGAAGGGUUGGACGGGUUAUAUUUACAUAGUGGGUCGGCCCGCACCCCACCCAAGCAUUACAACAACGCCCGCUACUCAUUGUUGCACGCUUCAAACCGCCUUCCUUUUGUUUUCUAUUACGCCCUCCCCGUGUAAGGAAUGUGUACAAUGGAAAGGCCUUGGAUUGUGGGCUGCUUCUAGCACACGUUCCGGGACGCAUGGACGGACCAACUCCCCACCGCCGCUGCCCCCGGGGGGCGAAUCCACGACACGGUUAAGAAGCUUUCCGUGUUUGGGUAGAAAAAUGGUUUUCUAACGUCGCAGAAGGUACGAAUGUCGAUACGAUCCGAAGUGCAAUCCGAGUGGAUGAUCGAAAAGGGAAAGUUUACGUUUUGCACUCUAAAGUGCCAUUCAGAGAGGGAAACAUUCCACCAACGGGGGCGGCGUAGAAUUCCAAAUUGCUUCGUUCUAUCGCAUUAUCUUGUCGCUUUAUCGCGCCAACUUCUCUUAUCAGCUCGGGUACGGCGCAUGAUUCUGUUUGUGUAGCAUUUCCAACGCCCGGUGAGCAAUACGCACCACCCUUUUUCCCUUGUUCCGUGGAAUUGUGCCUUCAUGCCGUCUUCGCGCGCUCUUCACACACACACACACACACACACCCUACAAAUAGACAGCUUAACUUUGUCACGGAAAUUUGCA